CCAAAUGGGAAGAGAUAAAAACUUCUCAACAUUACACACGGUGCUAUGUGCUACAGGAGGUGGUGCUUACAAGUUUGAAAAAGAUUUUCGCACAAUUGGAAACCUCCACCUGCACAAAUGGAUGAACUUGACUGCCUUGUAAAGGGCUUGCUGUAUAUAGAUUCUGUCAGUUUCAAUGGACAAGCAGAGUGCUAUUAUUUUGCUAAUGCCUCAGAACCUGAGAGAUGCCAAAAGAUGCCUUUCAACCUGGAUGAUCCCUAUCCACUUCUGGUAGUAAACAUUGGUUCGGGAGUCAGUAUUUUAGCAGUCCAUUCCAAAGACAACUAUAAACGAGUAACUGGGACAAGCCUUGGAGGGGGUACCUUUCUUGGUUUAUGUAGUUUAUUGACUGGCUGUGAAAGUUUUGAAGAGGCUCUUGAAAUGGCAUCCAAAGGUGACAGCACCCAAGCUGACAAGCUGGUCCGUGAUAUUUACGGAGGAGAUUAUGAAAGAUUUGGUCUGCCUGGUUGGGCUGUAGCAUCUAGUUUUGGGAAUAUGAUUUAUAAGGAGAAGCGAGAAUCUGUUAGUAAAGAAGAUCUAGCAAGAGCUACAUUAGUUACUAUCACCAAUAACAUUGGUUCUGUGGCACGAAUGUGUGCUGUUAAUGAGAAAAUAAACAGAGUUGUCUUUGUUGGAAAGUUUUUACGUGUCAAUACUCUCUCGAUGAAACUUUUGGCAUAUGCACUGGAUUAUUGGUCAAAAGGUCAACUGAAAGCAUUGUUUCUAGAGCAUGAGGGAUAGUUUGGAGCAGUUGGUGCACUUCUUGGGCUGCCAAAUUUCAGCUAAAGCAUCGGGUUUCUCUCUGUUAAUGUCACUCAAGAGGAACUGAAAACUGGAGGUGUUAUUACUGCAUUAUUUGUCACUGGGAACCAAAGGAUGAAAGAGUAGCACUAUUCCUGUUGAUUUUUAAGUAUCAGAAUAUGGUAAGCUGCUAUAUGUUGCCAUAUUAAAAAGAGAGUUCCAGUAAUGUGAAGUAUUUCUAAGUGAAAUGCUUUCCCUUCUGUAUAUAGCCAGUGUUAAAUCCUUAAAUGCAAUACAGCCUCUGAUUAAUGAGCUUCCUCUGAAAAAGAUUUUCUAUUUAUUUUAUUUUAUGUAGCCAACAUUGCAGUACUGUAUGUUCAAACAUGAAUCUUAAAGUCUCAGAAAUGUUUAUCUCAUGAAAAGAAUUGAUUCUGAAUAUUUGUUACAAGUCUGUUCUAUGUGUGUUUUGGUUACUAGUAAGUGGACAGUAACAUAUCCUGUAUCGAAACUUACUGAAAUGGCAAUCAAAGAUGAUCAUUUUUAUAUGAUUUUAGAAAUGUUAAAGCAAUAUUAAUUAUUCAUUACUGUUGUUUUCCAAACAUAUCUUCUCCCAAAAAUCAUGUUUAUGUGCUCUUUCCCCAGAAGUAUAACCUUUUUCAAAUGCCAUAAUUUAAUUGAAAUACUGUUGUUAAACAUUAGCCUGAACUUUAAAAUGAAUCCUAGAAAAUGCACAUAAUUGGUGAUACUGCAUUUUUUGUAUUUUGAGUUUAUCAGAUAGUACAUUUUAAAAUGUUGUUUAAUUGGAGGCUUAAUUACUUAUUUGAAAGUCCGUUCAGUGAGGUCCCAGGACUAUUUGAAUGGAGUAUGGUUUAUGUGUAUUGGUAGGGUUCUGUGCUCUUCUCUCUAUACCACAUUUAUCUUAGGCCCAAAGUUAGCCAUUUCUGUUUAAUUAGGUCUGAACCAUCAAAGCUAAAGACUGUCUUCUACUGUGAACAGCAGCAAAAUCAUUUGUUCUAAACAGAUGUUAUGGAAAUUUAAAAGAUGAGUUGUUUUGAAACUGGGAAUCUGAGGCAGUAUUGCAGAAUUAUAAAAGGAUCAGUGUUUCGUACAUUCUGGUAAUAAAAGCAUUAUAGUUCCAAAAU